UCCCUCAAUUCAAAGGGAGGCCUAAAGUAUAAAUAGGAGCAUGAGGUCUGUGACUUCUUCAAGACAAAUCAGAAGAGCUCAUCACAUUAGGCUUAAACCCAUAAUACAUUCUCCCUUGCUUUCUUUCUUCCUCCCUCACUCUCCCACUUUCAACCCUGAAUUAAAAUUCUUGGUCUCUAAUAUUGAGUAAUUUACUCUGCUAAUUAGGCCCUAUUCAGCUUCUCUUCGGUAUAAUAUUACCUCCGAGUGACCGAUAUCUCUUCCCUGAUAAUAAGUAUUCUCGGCGGCAAACUCAUUAAAAAAGAAAUGUGGAGGCUGAAGAUAGCUGAAGGAGGCAACAGCCCGUACUUGUACAGCACCAACAACUAUGUCGGCAGGCAGAUAUGGGAGUUCGACCCGGAGGCGGGUUCCCCCGAAGAGAAGGCUGAAAUUGAAGCCGCUCGCCUCAAUUUCUACAACAAUCGCUUCAAGGUUAGGCCCAGCGCCGACCUCCUCUGGCGGUACCAGUUUUUGCGAGAUAAAAAGUUUGAGCAGACGAUCCUGCCUGUAAGGAUAGAGGAAGGACAGGAGAUAACUUAUGAGACAGCAACAACUUCCCUAAGGAGAGCAGUCCACUAUUUCUCUGCCUUGCAGGGAAGCGACGGGCACUGGCCAGCUGAGAAUGCCGGCCCUUUGUUCUUCCUCCCUCCUUUGGUAAUGUGCCUCUCAAUAACAGGGCACCUCAACAGAGUCUUCUCUGCAGAGCAUCGCAAAGAAAUCCUUCGAUACAUUUAUUACCAUCAGAAUGAAGAUGGUGGUUGGGGAUUGCACAUAGAAGGACAUAGUAAUAUGUUUUGCACGGCCUUGAACUACAUAUGCAUGCGCAUCCUUGGAGAAGGCCCCAACAGUGGCCAAGAUAAUGCAUGUGCACGGGCACGUAAGUGGAUUCGUGACCAUGGUGGAGUCACCUACAUUCCCUCGUGGGGCAAGACUUGGCUCUCUAUUCUUGGACUCUUUGAAUGGUCGGGAAGCAAUCCAAUGCCUCCGGAGUUUUGGAUGCUUCCUUCGUUCCUUCCUAUAAAUCCAGCCAAAAUGUGGUGCUACUGUCGGAUAGUUUAUAUGCCCAUGUCUUACUUGUACGGGAAGAAAUUUGUAGGACCAAUUACACCUCUCAUUCAAGAGUUAAGGGAAGAGCUUCACACUCAACCUUAUGACACCAUCAACUGGCGAAAAGCCCGCCAUCUUUGUGCCAAGGAAGAUCUCUACUAUCCACAUCCUUUAAUUCAGAACCUGCUUUGGGAUAGCCUUUACAUAUUCACAGAACCAAUCCUAAAUCGUUGGCCCUUUAACAAGUUGAGAGAGAAGGCGCUGCAAGUGACCAUGAAGCAUAUACAUUAUGAAGAUGAGAAUAGCCGAUAUAUCGCCAUUGGAUGUGUUGAGAAGGUACUAUGCAUACUUGCAUGUUGGGUGGAGGACCCUAAUGGAGAUUAUUUCAAAAAGCAUCUAGCAAGGAUCCCAGAUUACAUUUGGGUUGCUGAAGAUGGAAUGAAGAUGCAGAGUUUUGGAAGCCAACUGUGGGAUACAAGCCUUGCAAUCCAAGCAUUACUUGCUAGUAAUCUUGUAGACGAGAUAGGACCAGUGCUAGCAAGAGGACAUAAUUUUAUCAAACAGUCUCAGGUCAAGGAUAAUCCUUCUGGGGACUACAAAAACAUGCAUCGCCAUAUUUCUAAAGGGUCAUGGACUUUCUCUGAUCAAGAUCACGGGUGGCAACUCUCAGACACCACUGCAGAAGGAUUGAAGUGCUGCUUGCUUUUCUCACUUAUGCCCCGGAAAAUUGUUGGAGAAAAGAUGGAACCUGAGCGACUCUAUGAUACUGUCAACAUCAUUUUGUCCCUACAGAGUAAAAAUGGCGGAUUAGCAGCGUGGGAACCUGCAAGAGCGGAGAAAUGGUUGGAGCUUCUUAAUCCAAUGGAAUUCCUUGAAGAUAUUGUGAUUGAGCACGAGUAUGUGGAGUGCACUUCAUCAGCUAUGCAAGCAUUUAUGAUGUUCAAGAAGUUAUACCCAGAGCAUAGGGAGAAAGAGAUUGACAUUUUCAUAACAAAUGCUUCAAGAUAUCUCGAGAGUGUGCAAAUGCUUGACGGUUCUUGGUAUGGAGAGUGGGGAGUUUGUUUCACAUAUGGUACAUGGUUUGCUCUGGGAGGACUAGAAGCUGUUGGCAAGACCUACAACAACUGCGAGGCAAUUCGCAAAGCCGUGGAGUUUCUACUCCAAACCCAGUUCGAAGAUGGCGGAUGGGGAGAGAGCUACCUCUCUUGCCCAAAGAAGAAAUAUGUGCCUUUGGAGGGAAAGAAAUCGAAUUUGGUGCAUACUGCAUGGGCUAUGAUGGGUCUGAUUCACUCUGGGCAGGCGGAAAGGGACCCGACCCCUCUUCAUCAAGCUGCAAAGCUACUAAUCAACUCCCAACUUGACAACGGUGAUUUCCCCCAACAGGAAAUCACAGGAGUAUUCAAGAAGAAUUGCAUGUUACACUACCCAUCUUAUAGAAACAUAUUUCCAAUAUGGGCCCUUGCUGAAUAUCGAAAAAGCGUACCAUUGCCAAGCAAGGAGUAAAAUCUAUUCGAAUAUUAUCAUGUUUAUAAACUGUUAUGAUAAAGAAGGUAGGGAGGGAAUGUUUCGCUAGCCUUUCUUGUGGUUACAAUAAUCGAAUCUCAAUAAUUACUAGCAAUUCUGUCAUGCUACUAAUAUACUUGUUUGGCUUAAUAUUGUAACACAUUAUUGAUGUAAUGACAAUUGUUAAUCCUUACAUAAAGUGAGGAAUUUUUUUUUCAGUUACAAGGGAGGCUUA